AUGCCUCGUCUCCAAGCCAUCGCGCUGGCUGUCUUCAGCGGCCUGCAGGUUGCAUCUGCUUACCCCAAUCCGGAGGAUACCAAACUACGUGCCGAGUACGACUAUGUUAUCGUUGGCGCAGGAGCUUCGGGUCUCACUGUUGCAAACCGAUUGACCGAAGACCCUGCCGUGACCGUUCUUGUUAUUGAAGCGGGCGACUUCGACAAAAAUGAAGACUAUAUGACUAUUCCUGGCCUUGCUGGUGGAGCCGUAGGAACCAAAUACGACUGGAACCUGACAUAUCCCGCAACUGAAUCCUUGAACGGUCGCAAUAUCACAGCUCCCCUUGGCAAGGUAGUCGGUGGAUCAACCAAGCUCAACCGUAUGGUCUACGAUCGGGGUUCGAAAUCGGAUUACGACCGCUGGGAAACACUCGGCAACGGAGACUGGCAGUGGAAGUCUCUUCUCCCCUACUUCAAGAAAAACGAGAAGUUUACUCCACCAACUGCUGAGAUCAAGAAGGAGUAUGGAGUCACCGUCGACCCUGCUGCACAUGGAUCGAACGGUUUCAUCCAUUCUACAUACUCGCCCUUUUUCUGGCCUACCACAAAGAACUUUGUGCAGGCCGCGGGCGAACUCGAUAUCAAUGUCGCUGUCGAUCAAGCUAACGGAAACGCCAUUGGAGGAUACUUCUGUCCCCACAACAUCAACCCCAAGACUGUUUCGCGUUCCUCUGCUCAAGACUACUACAGUGCUGUCUCAAGCCGCAAGAACCUACAGCUGCUGUCUGGCCGCCAGGUUACGCGUGUUCUCACCAAGAAGAGUGGAAAGUCUGUCAAGGCUACUGGAGUCGAGUUUGCAACAAGCCGAGACAGUAAGCGACAGACAGUCAAGGCUAAGAAGGAAGUUGUUUUGGCCGCUGGCUCUAUCCACACUCCUCAGAUCCUGCAGGUCUCUGGUAUCGGUGACCCAGCUCUGCUGUCUAGCAUCGAUGUCCCUGUUGUCGUUGAUCUCCCUGCCGUUGGCCAAAACUUCCACGACCACGUUUUACUCGCCGUCAUUAGCACUCUGAGCGCUCCUGUCAUCCAGACCGGCAACCUGACCAGCAACGUCACUUUCGCCGCCGAAGCUCGAGCUCAAUAUGACAACGAGAAGACAGGCCCCUACACGUCUCCCACCGGAGACUUCUUGCUUUUCUUGCCUCUUUCCAACUACACCAGCUCGGCUUCCGACAUCCACAAGCAAGCCACUGGCCAAGAUGGCGCCAAGUUCCUCCCCUCAGGAACACCUUCGGAGGUCAUUAAGGGCUACAAGAAGCAACAAAAGGUUCUCAACGACAAGCUUUUGGACACCAGCUCGGCCAUGCUCGAGAUCAUCUGGAGCGACGGUGCCGCAAUCCUUGGCCUUCAACACCCAUACUCUCGAGGUUCCGUCAAGGCCAAGUCGUCCAGCGUUUUCGACUCUCCUGAAGCCAACCCUGAACUUCUCAAGAACCCCCUCGAUGUCACCCUGCUUAUUGAAGGAGUUCGAUUUGCCCGCAAGCUUUCCAACACCCCUGCCAUCAAGUCUCUCGGCCCCUUCGAGAUUGUCCCCGGCGCGAACGUCACAAGUGACAGCGAUAUCGAGCAGUUCGUCCGUUCAGGUGCUUCCACUCUCUUCCAUCCUGCUGGCUCGUGCAAGAUUGGAAGCCGAAGCGAGGGUGGUGUUGUUGACCAGGAGCUCCGCGUGCAUGGUGUUUCUGGCCUGAGGAUCGUGGAUGCCAGUAUCAUUCCUCUUCUGCCCGCAACGCACACCAUGACUACCGUAUAUGCUAUGGCUGAGAAGGCUGCGGAUCUUAUCAAGCAGGGAUAA